UCUCUGGGCCCAGCCCCAAGAGCAGGUGCCCCAGGUAAUACUGCUCUACUCCCCGGCUGUCAGGAGAGACGGAGGGAAGAGGCUCCGAGGCAGCGCAGGUCCGAGAUAGGGCAGCCGGCCAAGCUGGUCCGGUAUAUUUGCAAGCAACGGCAGUGCAAGCUGAGCGUGGCUCCUGGUGAGAGGACCUCUGAGCUCAACAGCUACCCUCGCUUCAGUGACUGGCUGUACACCUUCAAUGUGAGGCCAGAGGUGGUGCAGGAGAUCCUCCGAGAGCUCACGCUGGAUGCCCUGCUGGACAUGAAUGAGGCCAAGGUGAAGGAGACGCUGCGGCGCUGUGGGGCCAGUGCGGAGGAGUGUGGCCGCCUGCAGUACGCCCUCACCUGCCUGCGGAAGGUGACAGGCCUGGGAAGGGAGCACAAAGAGGACUUGGGCUGGAGUUCGUUGGAUGCCCGGCGGGAAAGUGGCUCAGGGCCUUCCACGGACACCCUCUCACCUGCCAGCCUGCCCUGGCCCCCAGGGAGCGCCCAUCUGGGCAGGAUGGGCAGCAAUGCCCAGGGUCCCCGCUCCGUCUCCGUGUCAGCUCUGCCCACCUCGGACUUCCCCACCCCUGGCCCCAGCGAGGGCCUCACGGACACCUGUAUCCCCCUGCACGCCAGUGGCCGGCUGACCCCCCGUACCCUGCACAGCUUCAUCACCCCCCCAACCACGCCCCAGCUGCGACGGCACACCAAGCUGAAGCCGCCAAGGACGCCACCCCCUCCCAGCCGCAAGGUCUUCCAGCUGCUGCCCAGCUUCCCCACGCUCACCCGGAGCAAGUCCCAUGAGUCUCAGCUGGGGAACCGCAUUGACGAGGUCUCCCCAAGUACUUACUUGACGAGGUUUGGUAAGAGUGAUUCAUUUUCGUCCCCUCCCUCUGCCGCCGGGAGCGAUCUCCCCCACGGCUCCCCACAGAUGGUACGGAGGGACAUCGGGCUCUCGGUGACACACAGGUUCUCCACCAAGUCCUGGCUGUCGCAGAUCUGCCACGUGUGCCAGAAGAGCAUGAUGUUUGGAGUGAAGUGCAAGCAUUGCAGGUUGAAGUGUCAUAACAAGUGCACCAAGGAAGCCCCCGCCUGUCGGAUAUCCUUCCUUCCAAUAGCUCGGAUUCGGAGGACGGAAUCUGUCCCUUCGGACAUCAACAACCCGGUGGACAGAGCAGCCGAGCCCCAUUUCGGAACCCUCCCCAAGGCACUGACAAAGAAGGAGCACCCUCCAACCAUGAACCACCUGGACUCCAGCAGCAACCCGUCCUCCACCACGUCCUCCACGCCCUCCUCGCCGGCUCCCUUCCCAACAUCGUCCAACCCGUCCAGUGCCACCACGCCCCCCAACCCCUCGCCCGGCCAGCGGGACAGCAGGUUCAACUUCCCAGCUGCCUACUUCAUUCAUCAUAGACAGCAGUUUAUCUUUCCAGACAUUUCCGCAUUUCCACCGGCAGCCCCGUUCCCCGAUGCAGCGGACAGCACCCGGCUCGACGACCAGCCGAAGGCAGACGUGUUGGAGGAUCAUGAAGUAGAGGCCGAGGAGCCGGAGGCUGGCAAGUCAGAGGCAGAAGACGACGAGGACGAGGUGGACGACCUGCCGAGCUCCCGCCGCACCUGGCGGGGCCCCAUCUCCCGCAAGGCCAGCCAGACCAGCGUGUACCUGCAGGAGUGGGACAUCCCCUUCGAGCAGGUGGAGCUGGGCGAGCCCAUCGGGCAGGGCCGCUGGGGCCGCGUGCACCGUGGCCGCUGGCACGGCGAGGUGGCCAUCCGCCUGCUGGAGAUGGACGGCCACAACCAGGACCACCUGAAGCUGUUCAAGAAAGAGGUGAUGAACUACCGGCAGACGCGGCACGAGAACGUGGUGCUCUUCAUGGGGGCCUGCAUGAACCCGCCCCACCUGGCCAUCAUCACCAGCUUCUGCAAGGGGCGGACAUUACACUCGUUUGUGAGGGACCCCAAGACAUCGCUGGACAUCAACAAGACGCGGCAGAUCGCUCAGGAGAUCAUCAAGGGCAUGGGGUACCUGCAUGCCAAGGGCAUCGUGCACAAGGAUCUCAAAUCCAAGAAUGUCUUCUAUGACAACGGCAAAGUGGUCAUCACCGACUUUGGGCUGUUCGGGAUGUCGGGCGUGGUCCGAGAGGGACGGUGUGAGAACAAGCUGAAGCUGUCACACGACUGGCUGUGCUACUUGGCUCCUGAGAUCGUGCGCGAGAUGACCCCCGGGAAAGAAGAGGAUCAGCUGCCGUUCUCCAAAGCUGCUGAUGUCUAUGCAUUCGGGACCGUUUGGUAUGAGCUGCAAGCAAGAGACUGGCCCUUUAAGAACCAAGCCGCAGAGGCCUUGAUCUGGCAGAUCGGAAGUGGAGAGGGAAUGAAGCGAGUCCUGGCCUCCGCCAGCCUGGGGAAGGAAGUCACGGAGAUCCUGUCCGCCUGCUGGGCUUUCGACCUGCAGGAGAGGCCCAGCUUCACGCUGCUGAUGGAAAUGCUGGAGAAACUGCCCAAGCUGAACCGGCGGCUCUCCCACCCCGGGCACUUCUGGAAGUCUGCUGAUCGCUGGCGGAGCCGAUACUACGGGAAAGGACGAUACGGCCACCCUGACUUUAAGAACCCCUGCCCCGCUCUGGAGGAAUACAUUAACAGCAGCAAAGUUGUACCCCGGUUUGAGAGGUUUGGCUUGGGCGCCCUGGAGGCCAGUAAUCCAAAGAUGUAGCCAGCUGUGCAGUUUCCCCGCCGAUUUCCUCCUUUUUCAAAGUGUUUCUAAAACAUCCACACAACCUCCACCACAAAAAGCAGCACUCGCCACCGAAACGUCCGCCCGCCGCUCCCCCAAGCCAGGAGCCUGCGUUCUGGGCUCAGCCUGCGUUCUGGGCUCAGACCUAUUUGUGUGCAGAAAACACUCGGGUCUCGGAGACGGAGCUGCACCUGCUGUUCCUUAAAGUGACAUCACCAACAACCAAACCUGUCCCGACGGGCAGCCAAUGUUUACAUGUACGUUUCUGCGGAGUGAGCGCGAUGUUUUACAAUAGGUAAUAAUAAAAGCAGGCUGUGCGGGGUGCGCCGGCCCCGCCGGCCGGGACAGCGGACGUGGUGCCCCUGUGGAGAGCCCUGUGGACAGGGAGCCUGCGCUGGGCCGCAGGAAGGAAAGCCUCCUGGUUGUGGACGUUUUGGGGGCAGGACGGGGGACCACAGAUCUGACCUCGCCUCUGCUUUGGCCCUAAAUCCUGUGGGGCGGGCGGGGAGGGAGCUCCCUCGGCCAGGGUCUCCCCUCGUCCCUUCCUCCUCUUGCAGAGGAAACCCUGGCUGGGAACCGAGCUGGAAUACGAGGGUCCCCAGAUCCCAGAGAGCUGGGUUCACCUCUGACCCCUGCAGUUCAGCCCACCCCAGCUGGAAACGCAGAGACGGAUCAAACCCGAAUAACAUCUGUGCUGAUCCAGUGGUUCCCGCCAGGGUUCCACCUUCUGCAGCGAAGUUUCCUUCCUGCCCCCAGGGAGGCAGCCAGGGCCUCGGCUUUUUAGCCAGAGCUGAAUCCCUGACUGACAUUUGACCCCAGAGCGAAGGCUGUGUGUGCCGUGAAGGCUCCGUGAGGACAAGGAAGGUGCGGGGGAAGGAGAAGCAGCAGUGGGUCCCCGAGCCCCCUCCCAGCCUCAGUGUUACCUGGCUGGCUCCUUAGACACCCAUCCUCAGUCACCCCAAGGCCUGGAGCCGCCCAUCUCUUCCCCGGCCCCAGUCCUGUUGAAGCCCCUCAGCCCACUCCUGGCUCCCCCACUGUCCAUGUGCAGAGCUAAGAUGGGAGGCGUGUGCCCCCCCUUUCAUGAGAGCCCCCCAGUCUCCAGAGCCUUCCCCAGCACCGAGUCAGGCCUCCCUGUCAGGCCUCCGUUUGAACCAGAAGGACAGCCUGUGAUGAGAGAGCAUCCUGCCUGUCUUCAUUAGAAGCUGCCGCCUCAAGAGACAAGUUCCAGGUGGCAAAGAAGCCCGUCAGUGGACGUUCUGUCCUACUAGGCUCCCAACCAGAAAUGACCAAGGGGGGUGAGAGUGGCCAUGUGGUUGGGUUCAGGCCCAGAACCUGUGUCCAUGCUCUGAGCCAAGAUGGGAGGCAGGUGGUCCUCCCACCCCUUUCAUUUAUGCCCCUAGCAAAGCUCCCAGUCGUCAGAGCCACCCUCCCCCUUCCUGGUCUGACCAAAAUGCCGUAUGAAACGGGCCUCUGCCCAGACGCUGUGGGCUGUGGGCCCCUCUCCAGGCCAGGCCAGCACCCUGGCUGAGCGGUACUUGGAGAGCACAGUCGCCGGGCAAUGCAAGGUACCCGGUUCCCGCUGCCCGUCCACCCUUCAGAUGGGAGCCCCUCUCCCCUUCCCAGUUCGGGUGUGGGAGGAAGAUGGGAGCUGGAAACCAGUGGCUUUGGCUUGUGUGGGUCUGUCCUCUGUGGGGCUGUCUGUGUCUCCCCAUCAUGCCUUUGGCUUCCCCCAUCAGCCCUCUACAAGGUCACCCCCACCGUCAUCACAGUGUGUGUGACUGCUGCCUCUCGGCUUCCCCCUCUGAGCCCGAGGCCGUGCUGGUGAGCCCUGGGGUUGGACAGCAGCGGAGCACACGGGGCUCAGUGCCUCCUUAGCCCACGAAAGUUAGUCUGUGUUUUGUUUUUUCUUGUGAGUGACACUCGUGGGUCAGCUCAAGAAGCUUUCAUUGAGCAGCUACUGUGCUCUGUGCAAGUGCUGGGGGCCUGGUGAUAGGACAGUCACUGUCUCCACCCUGAGAACUGACAGUCUGCCAGGAACCCCGAGAGUGUAGCUGAGCGCCUGGGGGGCACCUCUUCAAGGCCCCGGGCAGCCUCCCCACGCGUAGCCCGAGCCUCUGCGCUCCCCGUCAUUUAGGAUAAACACCUCGGAAAGCCCCCCCCACUGGCCCCCUUCCCUGUGUUUCCAUGACUGUGAAUGGGGUUAGGAAGACGUGCGUGCCCUCCGUGCGCUCUCCCUUCCUGCCCUGGAAACAUGAAGGACGGCAGAUACUGUGAAUUCAGCCUCAUGGCCAACUGUGAAGGGGAAGGAGAUGCUGGGAGGCCUCCUUGGAGAGAGCUCUGGGGGCUGCAGAGGUCCGCACUGGGGUCAGAGUGGAGCCCAAGCGCUGGCCCUUCAGGGCCCCCCCAGUUCCAGCCUCACCUCCAAAGUCCAGAGGUGUGUGUCCCCACUGCCUUUAGCCACCAGAGCCGCAGCCAUUGGGUCUCCAUCCAACUUGAGGUCCUGAACCCCAGCGAGUCCCUGUUCGUCGUGAGCGGUGUGUAGCAAAGUGACCUCUCCAUGUCACCAAAUUAAAGACAGGCACAGGGCCCUGGACUCUGCCCCCGCCCAGCAUUUCUUGUGACCUCGGGGGGAGUGGCGCCCUGUAAGCCUGUGUUCGGUGUCGAUUUGGGGGCAGGUGGAGACAUAACUGUGAAGCCGAACCGGGAGCUUGUGGGCUUCGGCGACGUCAGCCAGGAUCUCAUCAGCGUGCGCACCCCGUGUCUCCUGUGGCCGCGAGGCACACACUUGCUCUUUUGAAUGUGAUGUAAAAUUUGUACAGGAAAAGUUUUUAUAUUUUCUACCAACUGCAUUUGUCUUCCAGAAAUGCUAUUAAUUUAAAUUAAAACGAUGAGUAUUAACGAACGUGCUGUAUCACUUUUUGCCACUGGCAAGAACACACCCUCUGCCAGGCCAAGCCUGGGCAUCUGGAGUUUGAAUAAAACUGUACCAAGGUG